ACAAUCUCUAUCUAGUAUUUAGUGUGAGAACAGGUAGUGGGAGUCGAUGUUGAAGUCGACAGUCAUGAGAACCGUCUCCUCCAUCAGUUUCUCAGUGUUUGUUCUGUCAGCGCUGUGUCUGAUGAAUAACUCACUGGCUCUUACCGUCACCGGAUCUGUGGGAAGCAACAUCUCAGUCUCCUGUAGAUACCCUGAAACAUACGAGAACAGCAGCAAGUUCUUCUGUCAGAUGAGCGGCCGGUUUCAGUGUGUCCACACGAGCCGUCGAGACGCGAGAUCUGAACGAGGGAGACUGGCUCUUCUGGACGACACCAGCGCUCAUGUUCUCACGGCUCUCGUCUCUAGCCUGGCUCCAGAAGACUCGGGGAGGUACUGGUGUGGGGUGGAUAUCGAUCUCCUGCCGGAUUUUACCUCUGAGAUCUGGAUUACGGUCAGCAAAGGGGAUCCACAAGAACAAACCAUUGACCUGUUCCCAGAAGAACGUGACGAGUCUUACUCCAGGUUCAUGAUGAUGGUGGCUUUGAUGUGUGUUUGCGCUCUGCUUUUUGUGAUUCUGUUUGGUCUGUUUCAAGUCCUGAAACACAGCAGUCGGCGUAACUCAGGUUCUGCUCCUCACCGAAGGACAAUAUCAAACCCAGUGCAGGAUGCCUACCAGAGAAUAAGGCUUCCAGACUCAUCCAAAGCUCAAAGUGGUCAAGAGGAAUUUUACAGACCCAUAAACCUGGAUUAUAUAAACACAGAAGCGGUCGACACAGACUCCUACUACAUAGAUGUAGUUCCAGCACAAACACAAGACCACAUCUACACAGAACUGAACGCCAGCAGACGGAGUCACGUGUAUCAGAGUUUUACAGCCGAUUCUGCUCAAGAAGAGGCGAUCUAUAACACUAUUGAUCACUGAAUCCUCAUCAACAGCGGCAUCAAAACCCUUUUUGUGGUAUUUUCACAAAAUAAAAUAAAAAAUAUUAACUGAAUCAAUUGAUACAGUCUUUUGUUAAAGUCCCUGUGGUGAAAAUCAAGUUUGUAAUGUUGUUUAUGUCUAUUUUUGUGUCUUUAAUACGCUUUAACACA